AUGGUCCAGCUGGCGAUUCUCCUUGGCCAAACGAAGCGUUUGGACUACGUGAACCAUGCCAGGAGACUGGCAGAGGACGACUGGACAGGACUUGAGAGCGAGGAAGAGGAGGAGGGGGAAGAUGUGGACGAUGAGGAUAUGGAUGUCGAUGCGGGCAAGAAGUUGCCUAAGCACUAUGCGAACCAGCUGAUGUUGUCUGAAUGGCUGAUAGAUGUCCCAUCAGAUCUGGGACAAGAAUGGAUCUUGGUGGUAUGCCCCAUAGGGAAGAGGUCACUGGUUGUGGCAUCUAAGGGCUCCACUGCAGCUUACACGAAGAGUGGCUACUGUGUCAACAGGUUCCCCUCUCUCCUGCCUGGAGGAAACCGGCACAAUUCAGCAGGUGGGAAAGAAUACACGAUCCUGGACUGCAUCUACAGUGAGGUGAAGCAGACGUACUACAUCCUUGAUGUGAUGUGUUGGAGGGGGCACCCUGUCUAUGACUGUCAGACAGAUUUCAGGUUCUUCUGGAUCCACUCAAAGAUACAAGAGGAGGAAGGUCUGGGAGAGAAAAGUAGAAUUAAUCCAUUUAAAUUUGUGGACCUGCAGAGUUUCCCCUGCACCCCAGAGAGCCUGUGUGAAGUGUUGGCCAUGGACUUCCCCUUUGAGGUAGAUGGGCUCCUCUUCUACCACAAGCAAACUCACUACACUCCUGGCAGUACCCCACUGGUAGGCUGGCUGCGGCCCUACAUGGUAUCAGACAUCCUUGGACUGACUGUGCCAACAAAUCCACUAACUACCAAGCCAGACUAUGCCGGGCACCAGCUCCAGCAAAUCAUUGAACAUAAAAAAAAUAAAAAGCUGGCUGCAGGGGAAGGGGGCUUGGAUCCUGAAGAGGCUGCUGAAAAUGGGCGUUAUGAGUUGGAAUACUUGUCUACCCCUCAGCCAGCAAAACCUCCCAGGAGCCUACAUGAGACAGCAAGCCAGAUGGAGAACUAGACUGCUGUAACAAGAUGGUUUUAUUUGGAAAGGGUAAAGGGUCAUCACUCAGCUAUAGUGUAGCCUCUUUACCGGCCAUUGGAGCUCUCACUGGCUGGGAGGGAGAAGAAGGGUAUUAUGAGAUGGCUCAAUUUCAAGUGCCUGUAAAGGGUAUAGCAUGGCUUCAGCACUAGUUUUUGAAAGAAUUCUGGAUCCUGAGGCCUCUCUAUGCCUCUGUUAAGGAAUUCCACUGUGGGGUCUUUAAGACUGUAGCCUGUGAUAAACCGCAUGAUUGUUUAGGACCUGAUCAUGGUCCUGUUAAAGUCCAUGGCAAAACCGUUUGUUAGGGGCAGGAUAUGAACUCGUUAGACGUGAAUGCCUGAGCGUAGCCUGGACACCAAAUACCGUGCCCUAUAAUUAGGCUACAAGUUUCUAGGCAUUUAAAUCUAAAGGCUUUUUGGUGAAAGUUUUGUGGUCAGUUUGUUUCUUGUUACAAAAGUUUGUGACGCACUUCUGUAAAAUCUGAAGGCUUUAUUUUCAACACCCACAUUUCUGAGAAACAUAAUUUCCUUGCAUCAGAGCGAGCCCCCAGCUUUCAAGUAUAUUCUUGUGCAAAAAGAACACAGCAUCAUUUUUAUUCUUGCUGACCUUUUCUCAGUAGGAGGAAAUGCCCUCCUGUGGGGAGGCAUUUUUUUUUAAAUAGUAGUAUUGAUUCUGAAAAAUAAAGGGUUACACACAAA